AUGGAAAAAUGCGGCAGCUGCGGCUGUCUUAUUGGCAGCAAGAGAUGCCGAGCUCUAGAGAGGGUUAUAGACUCUAUGCGUGUCCCAUGCGGCAAUGCCCCACAUGGGUGCACUGAGUCCCUGACCUUCAGCCAUAAGCUCCACCAUGAAAAUAUGUGCCCACACUCUCCUUGCUUUUGCCCUUACCCCAACUGCUCCUACAUGGGCCUCCACUCCUCAGUCAACUCCCAUUUUGCAGCCAACCACUCUGCCUCGUCUCAGCGUUUCAUGUUCAACUGUGAGGAUUCGGUCACUUUGGAAACCGAUCAGAGGCAUGUUUUCUUACAAGAGUUUACGGAGGACACGCUUUUUGUCCUCAGCCGCCGGGAAAACAGCCUCGGGACCGUGGUUACUGUGGAGUGCAUUGGACCCAUCUCACUCGAGAGGAAAUUUGUUUACGAGGUUGUGGCGGCGGAUGGUGUGGUUUUCGCGAAGCUGAGGGCUCUGGCGGAGACGAGAGCGGUUUGGCUCGGGGGGGAGCAGCCUGGCAACAGUUAUCUUCUCGUGCCCAAGGACUUUGUGGGUGCUGAUGGGAAGCUGAACCUGGAGGUUACUAUUAAGAGCGAUCGGGGGCGGAGGUCCGCCAGGGCCCGCAAGUAG